AUGUUAAAGCAUAAUGUCACCGAUCGAAAAGCUUGGGGCAUUUUCGCCCGUGAUCAAGGUACGGAUGAAGCUACUCGACUAAAUCACUAUGGCGCACAUCCAUUCUAUCUCGUCAUGGAACAAUUACCAAAUACAGAUCAAACUCCAUCGGGUAACAUGCAUGGUGUUCUUUUACUAAAUUCAAAUGCAAUGGAUUACUCGUUCACACCGAUACCGUCAUUAACCAUACGUACCAUUGGUGGAAUCCUUGACUUUUUCGUAUUUCUUGGUCCAAAACCAGAGCAAGUAAUUCAGCAAUAUACUUGGCUUGUUGGUCAUUCAAUGCUACCGCCCUAUUGGUCGCUAGGUUUUCAUCUUUCUCGUUGGGAAUACAGGAACUUGACAAGAAUGAAAGAAAUCGUCAAACGAAACCGUGAUGCCGGUGUUCCACUUGAUGUUCAGCAUGCUGAUAUCGAUUAUAUGGAUGCUAGAAAAACUUUUACAAUAGAUCCGAUCAAUUAUGCAGGAAUGAAAGACUACUUUUCUGAACUAAACGCUGAUGGUGUGAGAACAAUAAUCAUUCUUGAUCCGGCUCUUUUCGAUGAUCAAGUCAGCUAUCCAGCUACAAUAGAGGCUGUGUUUGAUACAAAUGAACUACAACCGUGGAACUGGGAGGAAACUGGUAGUAAUUAUACUUUGAAAUGUCCAAUCAGCGCACUUGAUGAUCCACCUUAUCGUACCAAGGCCGUAUUUCGAUAUGAUGAGAUAUUGAAUAAAUCUAGUCGCCUUUCUCAGAAGACUUUAUGUAUGUCAGCCCAACAGGGUGAAAUCGAUCUGAAUACGAACAAACCAAAAUAUCUUCAUUAUGAUGUUCAUAAUCUGUAUGGAUGGAGUCAAACAAAACCGACAUUAGAUGCACUGCGAGCAGCUACUGGAAAACGAGGUUUGGUUUUGCCUCGUUCAACAUUUGUCGGAUCGGGUCAAUGGAGCGGUCAUUGGUUAGGGGAUAAUAAUGCAACAUGGCAUGAAAUGAAGCGCUCGAUAAUUGGAAUGAUCGAAUUCAAUUGGUUCGGUAUUCCAUUUAAUGGGGCCGAUAUUUGUGGCUAUUUCAACUCACCAACUGAAGAAAUGUGUACUCGUUGGAUGCAAGUUGGUGCUUUCUAUCCAUUUUCACGAAAUCAUAACAAUCGACGAACAAGAGAUCAAGAUCCAGCUGAAUGGUCUCAACCAGCUCUCCGGGCUAUGAUAUCUGCUCUUCGUAUUCGUUACAUUCUUCUUCCAUAUUAUUAUACGCUUUUUUACAAAGCACACACGGAAGGUUCAACAGUAAUUCGACCAUUGUUCCAUGAGUAUCCUACCGAUAAGGCAACACUUGAUAUUUUUCUUCAAUUUCUCGUCGGACCCUAUUUGAUGGUGGCUCCUGUCACUGACGAUGGUGCUCGAACAGUUCAAAUCUAUAGUCCAUCAUCGCCGUGGUACAAUUUUUAUGAUGGUACAUCAAUUUCAGUACAGAGUCAAUUCGUAUCAGUUGAAGCGCCAUUAGAGAUUAUACCCCUUUUUCUGAGAGGUGGAGCCAUUUUACCAACGCAAGGCUUUGCAAACAAUACAAAACUUUCGAGAAUGCAACCGUUUGGUCUAAUCAUUGUAGUGGGUUCGGAUGGAAAUGCUGAAGGUGAUCUCUUCUACGAUGAUGGUGAAUCGAUCGACACCACUGCUUCAAAAGCGUAUUACUAUGCGACAUUCAAGUGGUCAUUGAAAGAUACUCAAUUGACAAUGACUGUUGUUGAAAACAAUUACAGAGAAAUGUCAAAUUUGAAGCUGGAUUCGUUGACUAUUUAUGGACUGAAUCAUACACCAGCCGUGAUUUAUGUUGGAGGAAAACGAUUUGCUCCAUCGUUACGACCCAAUACACAGAUAUUCGAAAUUAUCAGCAAGAUGCAUGUAAUACUUCAUUGUGUUUAUUGGCUGCUUCUAAAUCUUUUCAUUGGCAAUGAUGUAGUAGGGAAUGUUCAAAAUUUGAGUCGUGAGAACACACUUUCCACAACUGUCAGUAACAUGAAUGAAGAGCCGUCUUUCGUCACAACUCGUGUUCCACUCCGAGAUCAUGUCGAACUUGCUAUUGAUUACUUUCUUCCUACACCGACUGGACGAUUUCCAACGAUCCUCGAGAUUACACCCUACGGACGUGGUCCUAACAAGCCAAAUCGCCGUUUUGAAGCACGUUACUGGACUCAGCACGGAUAUGCAUUUGUCAUAGGUGACUCGCGGGGUACAGGUGAUUCUGGUGGUGACAUGGUUUUCCAUGCUUGUGAAGGCAAAGACGGUUAUGAUUUGAUUGAAUGGAUUGCCAGUCAGCCUUGGUCAAAUGGCCGCAUCGGAAUGCGUGGUGCUUCUUACUCCGGAGAGAAUCAGUGGUAUACUGCUCGAGAACAACCUCCACAUCUUUCAUGCAUCACACCGAGCACUACACCCGCGCGUCCAAUGAAUGAAGUGCCCUAUGAUAAUGGAGCAUUUUUACUUCAAUGGGCACUUCUGUGGAUCAAUUCUUAUGUCAACAUUGUUUUACCACCAGCUGGCACAACUCAUCCAAAUCCAAAAACUUGGUUAAAUCAUCGUCCACUUCGUACGCUGGAUGUAUUUGCUGUUGGCCGAGAACUGCCAUUGUAUCGUACUUUUCUUGAUCAUCCAACCUAUGAUGAUUUUUGGCGUGCUAUUGACCUGCUGGCAAAUAGUUUAGUCAACAUUACCGUACCAACAUUAGCUUUUACAGGUUGGUUCGAUGGGACUCUGACAGGAACGAUCGGUCAUUUUGAUGAGGUACGACGUUCAUCACCUCGUACUUACGAUCAUUUUCUCAUUAUUGGUCCAUACAUGCACACAAGUGCUCCCGAUGGUGGCUAUGACUAUCUAACCAAUGAGCCCAUCCUCAUGAUGGGCGAUAUUUCAAUUCCAAAAAAUGCUCUUUUGCCUGCCAGAAACAUGACACAUGCCUUUUUUGACUGGUGUCUCAAAGAUCAAGCACGUCCUCAAUGGAAACCAACCAAGUUCUUCGUGACAGGUACUAAUCGCUGGAUGACACGCGACGUGUUCCCACCUCCCGAAGCACAAGAGCGUUUGCUCUUUCUCACCAGCAAUGGUCAUGCCAACGGUAUCCAGGGUGAUGGACGUCUACAAUGGUCAUCGGCCGAUACGACAGUGACCGAUCGCUACAGUUAUGAUCCCACCGAUCCCAUCAUUGUCGAUAUGGAGAAGAUACCGUACCAUCUACCCAUCAAUAUCAACACGAUGAUCGAUCGAAAGGAUGUGCUAGUCUACACUAGUGAUCCUAAAAUCGAGUCUCUAACUGUUAUUGGUAAUAUCGUCAUUGAGCUGCAAAUGUCAAGCAGCGCACGGGACAGUGAUCUUGUAGUCGAACUCAUGGAUGUGUUGCCCGAUGGACGCUCAAUCAAGCUCGGCUCGCGUGUCUCUAGCCAGCUACGUCUUCGCUAUCGUGAUGGAUUCGAUCAAGAAGUUUUCAUGAUUCCUGGCACGAUCUAUUCUAUUCGAAUCCAAUUGGGUGCGAUCGGUCACACAUUCUUGCCAGGCCAUCGGAUCAGACUAGCUGUAAUGAGUAGUCUGUUUCCAUGGCUAAGUGCAAAUCCAAAUACUGAUGGGUCAAUCGCUACAGACAUGCAACAGCCAAUCGUGGCCAACCAGACGAUCUACUAUACCGCUUGUCAACCAUCACAUAUUCGCAUGAUGGUCGUGGAUAAUCCGGUAUUUGAUCUAUAA